UGUGCACCUGUGAGUGUGUCUGUGAGUGCGUGUGCCCGUGCGUGUGAGCCUGUGAGUGUCCGUGGGCGCGCGGGGCCGCUGGGCGGGCGCCUUCCCACCUCCCCUGGCCGGGGCUCCGGGCGCCCACAGGGCUCACCCCGCCCGCAGGCUGCAGGCGCGCAGCGCUGUGCACUCGCCGGAGUCGCCGCGGCUGUGAAGCAAGCGGCGGGGCUCACAGCUCGCUUGAGAUCGGCUUCGUUUCAGUAGUGGACUCCCCUGGUUUUUUGGAGGACGCCCCAUAGGCUGCUGUCUUUGGAUUGGUCGCGGCGCUGCUGCUCUGUCAGGCAAAGUCUCUCCAGAAGUCUGAGUGGUGGAGGGAGCGCUGGUGCCAUGUUCUGCACGAAGCUGAAGGACCUCAAGAUCGCAGGGGAAUGUCCUUUCUCCUUGCUGGCCCCCAGUCAAGGACCACGCGAGACCGCAGAGGAGCUGGCGGAAGGCCCUGAGAGUGGCGAAGCCAGUGCGUCCAUCCACCAGGAUGUUCCUGCGAAGAAUGUGCAAGAAAGCCUUCCUCAAAGAAAGACCAGCCGCGGCCGCGUCUACCUUCACACUCUGGCAGAAAGCAUUUGCAAGCUGAUUUUCCCAGAGUUCGAACGGCUGAACCUCGCACUUCAGAGGACCCUAGCAAAUCACAAAAUAAAAGAAAGCAGGAGCUCUUCGGAUAAAGAAGACUUUGAGGAGACGAUUGCAGACCACGCGAUCGCAGCAGGAGUCCCCGUGGAGGUCCUCAAAGAGUCUCUGGGGGAAGAACUCUUUAAGCUGUGCUAUGAGGAAGACGAACACAUCCUUGCCGUGGUUGGAGGCACCCUGAAAGACUUUUUAAACAGCUUCAGCACGCUUCUGAAGCAGAGCAGCCACUGCCAGGAAGCAGAGAAGAGGGGCCGGCUGGAAGACGCCUCCAUCCUCUGCCUAGAGCAGGACCCCGAGUUCCUCAGUGUGUACUACUUCUUCCCCAAGAGAGUCACAGCCCUCAUCCUUCCCGGCGCCAUUAAGGCAGCUGCCCUCACUCUUUACGAGACCCAUGUGGAAGUGUCCCUAGCACCUCCCUGCUUCCGGAGCCGCUGCCCUGAGUUUGUCAACCAGCCCUACUUGCUCUACUCGGUGCGCGUGAAAAGCACCAAGCCUGCCUUGUCCCCAGGGAAGCCGCAGUCCUCGCUGGUGAUCCCCGUCUCACUCUUCUGCAAGACAUUCCCAUUCCACUUCAUGUUCGACCGAGACCUCGCCAUCCUGCAGGUCGGCAAUGGCAUUCGGCGGCUGAUGAGCAGGAGGGACGUGCAGGGCAGGCCGCACUUCGAGGAGUACUUUGAGAUCCUGAGCCCCAGGAUCAGCCAGACCUUCAGCGGCGUCAUGAGCAUGCUGAACAUGCAGUUCGUCAUUCGCGUGCGGAGGUGGGACGGCGCGGUGAAGAAGUCCUCCCGGGUCAUGGAUCUCAAGGGCCAAAUGAUCUACAUCGUGGAGUCCAGCGCGGUCCUGUUCUUGGGCUCACCCUGUGUGGACAGACUGGAGGACUUCACAGGCCGAGGGCUGUACCUGUCUGACAUCCCCAUUCACAAUGCUCUGAGGGACGUGGUGUUGAUCGGGGAGCAAGCACGCGCACAGGACGGCCUGAAGAAGAGGCUGGGGAAGCUCAAGGCCACACUGGAGCAGGCGCACCAUGCUCUGGAGGAGGAGAAGAAGAAGACGGUUGACCUCCUGUGCUCCAUAUUUCCCUGCGAGGUCGCGCAGCAGCUGUGGCAAGGGCAGGUGGUGCAAGCCAAGAAGUUCAGCAACGUCACGAUGCUGUUCUCGGACAUCGUGGGGUUCACGGCCAUCUGCUCUCGGUGCUCCCCGCUGCAGGUCAUCACCAUGCUCAACGCGCUCUACACUCGCUUUGACCAGCAGUGUGGAGAGCUGGAUGUCUACAAGGUGGAGACCAUCGGAGACGCUUACUGCGUGGCUGGAGGCCUGCACAGGGAGAGCGACACCCACGCCGUCCAGAUCGCCCUCAUGGCCCUGAAGAUGAUGGAGCUGUCUGACGAGGUCAUGUCUCCGCACGGAGAGCCCAUCAAGAUGAGGAUUGGGCUGCAUUCUGGAUCGGUGUUUGCUGGAGUCGUCGGAGUGAAAAUGCCCCGCUACUGUCUUUUUGGAAACAAUGUCACUCUGGCUAACAAAUUCGAGUCCUGCAGUGUGCCGCGGAAAAUCAAUGUCAGUCCAACGACCUACAGGUUACUCAAAGACUGCCCUGGCUUUGUGUUUACCCCGCGGUCCAGGGAGGACCUCCCGCCCAACUUUCCCAGUGAAAUCCCUGGAGUCUGCCAUUUCCUGGAUUCGUACCAUCGAGGCGCACACUCGGAGCAGUGGUUCCGAAGAGCAGACAGUGAGGACGGCAACGCGGACUUCCUAGGCAAAGCCUCCGGCGUCGAUUAGCGCGAGCACGCCUGUUGGCCAGUCUGCGGGGUCGGCCUCCUUCGCGGAGGGCAGAACCUCGGAGAGCACUUUAGGACGACCGACAGGGGCAGUG